UUUCAACUGCAUCAAGAGCAAUGAAAGUACAAGCCAUUAUCGCCUUCGCCGCGAGCGUUGUUGCCGUCGUGUCUGGGUCAGUCGCGCCCUGGGAGCAGUAUAUCCUGUCACCUGCGUCUCGAGACAUCGCUCCUGUCGGCAUCUACGGCUCCUCCGGCAAUGUCAACGUCUCCGAUCUUACUGCCACGCUGUCCCGUAACGGAUCCACCGUCACCUACGAUUUCGGCAAGCAAGUGACGGGCUUCGUCACGCUGCAGUUCGGUUCGGGUACCACAAGCAACACACAGCUCGGUGUCGCCUUCUCUGAGAGUGCCCAGUACAUCGGUAUCGAGUCCGAUCUAUCUACCGACAUGGCUAUCAUUGACGGCACCAUCUACGCUCCUGCUGCACCUGAUUCCACCUACACUUUCGGCCGUGAAUUCGCUCGAGGCAGCUAUCGCUAUCUAACGCUGUCUACAAGCUCCUCCGACCCGAUUGAGAUCACUGGAGUGUCCACGCACUUCACGGCGGCUCCUGCUACCGACGGCGAUAAGCUACGUGAGUAUUCCGGCUACUUCUACAGUGACGACGACCUGCUCAACCGGAUCUGGUACGCCGGUGCGUACACCGUACAGAUCUGUACGAUUGCGUCGAACGAAUCUCGUGCGAACCCACCGACCAUUACUGAGUACGGCUGGUUCAACAAUGCCACCAUCCAGAACGUGUCUACCGGUGCUGAGGUGUAUGUGGACGGCGCCAAACGCGACCGUACGCCGUGGCCUGGUGACUUUGGCGUCGCUACGCUGUCCAAGACGGUAACGUUGAACGACGACAACCUUCUAUCUGUUCGUCACGCUAUUAACUCGCUCUACGCGAUCCAGAACACGACGAACGGGCAGUUCGCCUACGCUGGAACGCCCAUUGCUCCUCGAGUGCAACUCGCGGGUAUCAACUCUGAUACGUACCACAUGUGGACGCUGAUCGCGCUAGUCGACUACGCGGUUCUCACCGCUGACACGGAGUUCCUUAAGAGCCACUGGGACCAAGCACUCUAUGGUUUUGAGUUUAUCCUCGGCAAUGUCGACUCUUCCGACAUGCUUCUGAACGUCACGGGUAUAUACGAUUGGGGCCGUGUUGGUCAAGGAGGCAAGAACAUUGCAGCCAACUCGCUUUUGUAUCAUGCAUUGUAUAGCUACGUCGACGUGGCUCAGCACCUGGGCUAUGAGAUCCCUUCCUACAAUGGCACAGCGUUCGGGGAUAUCGCCAGUGCUGUGAAGACCGCGGUUAAUACCAACCUUUGGGACGACUCGGUCGGUCUCUUCCGUGAUAACACUACUGCUGCCGGUGCCGAGCUUCACCCGCAGGACGGCAACUCGCUCGCUGUCCGGUACAACUUGACCCAGUCAUCAGAACAAGCCGCUACUGUAUCAGAGAGCCUUGCUGCCCGUUGGAACGAGUUCGGCGCCGUGUCACCCGAAGGUCUCGGCUCUAUCUCGCCUUUCAUCACGAGUCUAGAGGUGGAAGCUCAUCUGCGUGCUACGCCUGGCAACGCAUCACUCGCUCUCGAGAUCAUUCGUCGUCAAUGGGGCUACAUGCUCAAUACGUUCAGUAACUCUACCACCAUUGAGGCUUACUACGUAACGGGAGAGCUUAUGUACCCAUUCUACGGUCUCGAGCUGGGUGCAUACAUCUCGCACGCACACGCUUGGUCCACGGGUCCGACGGCGUCUUUGACGUUGCAUGUGGGCGGUUUGAGUCCUGUGACGGACGCUGGUAAGACGUGGGAGUUUGUACCCCACGCAGCUGGAACGGGUAUUGGUGAGCUGCAGACUGGGUACUCACUGGCGACGGGAGACUUCUCUGUCAAGUGGACGACCAAGGACGAGGACAGUUUCUUCCAGGCCGACAUUGAGACUCCGCAGAACACGACGGGGUCCAUCUCAGUUCCCACGUUCGGCAAGUCGCUAGACGCGAUCGAGAUUUUUAUCAACGGUAACACGGUGUGGACCAAUGGUGCGUCGUCGUGGACUGGCUUCGGUACAGCCACUUCAUCGAGUGACUUCGUGACGGUGUCACAGGUGCCGUACGGAGGCUGGUUCUCCAUUGUCGCCAAGGACGCGUAAGGCGAAGAUGUGGCAAUGAAACUACAGUAACAUCUCUUUAUAGAGGUAAGAUCUAUAUAGGUGUUUAUCUGAACAAAUUGAGAUUUGUUAUCCCUCUUUAUUCGCUGA